AUGGAAAUUGACAAUAUCACAAUUCGUAAACGGAAGACAAAUGAUUCUUUUGAUUGCUCCUUUAUAUCACAUAGAUCGGAUUGUAGAAGACACAGCCUACCCGAUCUAUCGAUUGGUUAUGACAGUGAUACAGACGAAUUAAGGGAAGAAAUAAAAAAAUUACAGAAGAAAUUGGAUAGUGCUAAUGGUGAAAUUGAUAACUUAAACUAUGAAAUAUAUAACUUAUCUAAAAAAUUAAAGGAUCAGCAAAAAACUAUAGAAAACCUAAAAAAACUUGCUACCGAAUCCACUACUAGCACAAAAAAAUAUGAUUCUACGAAAAAAAUAGUUAAAAGACAAUUACGUAAGGAUAAUUCACUAGAGGAACUUAAUAAAAGUUUCCAGGAAUUACAGAUAAGAAAUGAUAGUUUGACUCAAAGUAAACAAACUGAAACCUAUCGCCAAAUUCAAGAACAAUAUUUCCAAUCCACUAACAAUAAAUGCAUAAAGUCCCAACUAUUACCGCAAGAUGACACUGCUAGUACUCAAACUAAUAAUCUCAACAAACCUACAAAUAAAGAAUCCAAGAACAAUUUUGAAAAGAAAAUAUUUAUAAUAGGCAGUCAACAAUGCGUCGGGCUUUCGUCACAUUUAAUAAUUUCAAGACAGCAAUCAAGAUAUAAUAAAUAUAAUAUCUCAUCAAUUACUAAGCCUUAUGCUACGGCAGAAGAAAUAUUAAAGUCUUGUUAUAAACUUCAGCCGAACGAAUCAAACUAUGUUAUACUGUGUGUUGGUGAAAAUGACACAACUCCUACUAAACUUAGUAUUGAACUUUCGUCUGCUUUAAGACUCAAAGGAUUAUUCGAAUAA